UUAAUAUUUUAUAAUAUGUUUAAAAUAAUUCUGAAAGCUCUUAGGCUUAGCAAAGACUUGUGCCAGGCGGAUGUCGAACAUUUUGUGUAUAAACUUUUCACUUAGAGUGAACUCCCUUGAUGCGCAUGGUCCCCCUUGAGGAAAGACAGACGGUAACAUCUUGGUUUCCCCCGCAGUAGCCAGGCGAUGCUACUUCAUAGUGAAAUAUAUUGACAGUUUAACAUCUUCUUUGCACAGUAUUAUCAUUAUGAUUUCCAUGAAACUUCCUUGUGUUGUGCAUCUCGCUAAAAGAUGGUCUUUCUCCAGCACAGUCUCAGUGAGGUGGCUAAGCCCAUUAUCAAGCAUUCAGACACGUGGAACAAGUCUUUUGAAGCCACAGGCAACAGGUGCAUUACAACUAUCCCAGUGUCGAUAUAGGUUGCUAUUUGCCCCAAAACCACGCAAGUUUCGACCUCGUCAUUCUAAAGAUGGAGUUCACUCUGAUAUGAUUCUGAUUUAUGAGAACAAUAUGAAUCGCCAUUACUUCUGGAGUCAGCUGUUUAUCAAUCUGCUUGGGGUUCCCAGUUGUGUUUUGUGUAUCUACAAUAUUACCACUAAAUGGCAUGCCCAGGAUUUCAGCAUAGUAUCUCCUGUGAUUGGGUCAGUGGCAUACCUUGGCUUCUACUCUGUCCUUCUAUUUGGUGUGAAUCUGCUCAGCCAUCAAAGCAUUAGACGGAUGUAUGCAGAUAAAGAAGCCAAACAGUUCACAGCAGUUGUUCAAGACUGGAAAAUGUGCCCCAAACUUAUUGACUUCGACAUUUCAGCAGUAGCAAGGAAAGAGCCAGGAAAUAUUAUGGGCAACUUCUUUGGAAACCUGAAGAUCCGCAACAGGUCUUACCUUGUGCUUCCCUCAGACUUUCUUCAGCCUUACUACUUUAACCUAUUUAUGGGGUAUGAUCUUCACCGCCCACAAGACAAGGUAGAUGAUAUUGAUCUAAACAAUUUUUUCAGAGACCAGCAGAACAAAUCAAAUCAAGACAAGACGAAGUGAUAUUACAGAAGCAGAAAUUUUUGCUUUUGAUAGUUCAAACUGCCACAAGACAGAAAAUUCAAUGCAAGACAUUUUUUAGUGACUGGGUAUUUUAGAUCAGUUUGAAGGUAUAAAUAAAAUGGGAAAUUUGGCACCCAUUUUUGUGUUUACUAACCUGUAGUAUUGCACAUACAAAAAUUACAAAUACAAUAAAAUUGGAUUUACAAUUUUUGUUACAUAAUGUAAUGAGUGCAAAAUGACUGUGCUUCAAAUUACAAUUCUGCAUUUACCACAGAAUAGUCAUUUCAAUGUCCAGAUCUUGUUUUUUGAUGUUGCAUUCACUGGUCUGAGAUUUUUCUUCUGGGUAUAUUUGUAGGAAGAUCUCACUACUUUGAUAAUCGGAAAAACAUAUUACAGAGUUAUGUGCUAUCGAGCUAUAGUCAAAGGCUAAACCAGAGAGUAUGGGUAGGAAGAAGUUUCAUUCCUGUUUGCUUGCUUUCUAUUCUUGGAAAAGUAACGAUGCAGCUGUGUCCCUUGAAACCCAUGUUCAAGGAGGAGCCACUACUAUGAGAAACCAUUACUAACCUAAGUUAUCACUGGCCAUGUUUAUCUUUCUUUUAUUUAAUUUUUGAAAGGUUGUAAUAUGAAAAUACUUUAAAUUUGCAUAGGUUUAUAUUGUUAAUUCAUAAAUUAUGCAAGGAGUUUGGGAGAGUCUGAAUACAGAUAACAGUUAUAGUUUAAUAUUGUGAUUAAAACCAAAUCCACUUGUACAUAUCUGCAUUAAUUUAUAAUCAUUUUAAGUUCUUUUCCAUGACCAUGUGUACAAAAGCAACAAAAAUUAUAUAUUAACAUAAAUCUGAUAUAAAAUGCUUAAAAUACACUUAACUCUUGAUCAUGUGUACAAAUUUGACAUAUGUGCAUCAGUGAAUUUGCACAUAAAUUGUAACACUAUGAAUAAACAGUUAUGUUACUUUGUUCAAA